GAUCCCCUGCACACUUCUCAGACUGCCACAGACCCCAGCACAGAGCUAGACCCACCGACACAGAAAAUGAACACUGUGAAGGCGUUGGCGCUGCCUCUGCUCGUCACCCUGCUGCACUGUCCUGUGUGUCUGUCAGUGACUGUAAGCAGCAGUAAACCCAAAGUAGAGGUCCACGAACACACAGAUGCUGUGUUGUCCUGUGAGUUUAGGACAGAGAAAGAUCAAAACCCUCGAAUCGAGUGGAAGAAGAAGGAGAAGGGGGUGACGUUUGUGUACUUCAACCACAAAUUCACUAGUUCUUAUGCAGGACGGGCCAAGAUAGAGGGAGCGACACUGACGAUACACUCCGUUACCCAGAAGGACUCUGGGGAUUACCGCUGUGAAGUCACUGCCAGUGAGGACCACGUUAACCUGGGAGAGGCCACUGUGACCCUUAAUGUCCUAGUGCCUCCUCACGUCCCAUCGUGCGAGGUGCCGAGCUCAGUGUUCGUGGGCUCCAGCCUGGAGCUCCACUGUAAGGACAAACUCAGCGUACCUCCAGCCACAUACCGCUGGUACAAAGACAACAAGGGCCUGACCGAAACCGCAGACACCCCAUACAGCAUGGACACCAACAAGGGCACACUGAAGUUCAAGAGUGUGUCCAAAAUGGAUGCAGGGAUGUACCGCUGUGAAUCCUCCAAUAAUGUGGGUGCCCCAAAGAGCUGCGUGGCCAAACAACUGAAAAUCAACGAUUAUCCUCUGAACAUGACGAUUUUAAUAGCAGGAGCUGCAGGUUUUGUGUUACUCCUGUUCUUCUGCUGCAUCUGUGUGUGUGUCUGUCGACGUCGAGGCUGCUGCAAGAAGAACAACAAAACAAAAAGCACCAAGUCGUACAACCCUCCUCCUCCUCCUCCUCCCAGUCGCAAUCUCAAGACCUACAAACAAACUCAGUCCUUCAUGAUCUGAAUGUGAACUACACCCGCUGAGCUUUGAUGUCACAUCAUUGGAAAUCUCAGACGCCCUCUUCAUGUGUGUCGUAUUGAAAAGUUUCUCCUUGACAGUCUGCUCUUCGCUGACACACAGAUACACAAAGAAGAAGUACCAGAAGUCGGAUAACUUUAUGCAAAUACCUCGGAACAAGUGCACUGCUUCCAUAACAUGGCAUUUACGUGUGUUACUGGUUUGGAAAAGCUUUUACAUAUCUGUUAUUGAUAUAUUCUCUGUAUCUUUUUUUUUUUUUUUCGUGAGUGUGUGAGGAUUUUUAAAAAGGUUUUUAUUUAACUCCUUCUAGACCAAAUAUAUCAUUAAACUGUUACUUGUAGCUCUUUUGUGCCACCUCUAGGCCAAUAAUUAUUCACACUGAUUAAAUCAAACGUUGUACUGACUGAUCAGACAUAACAUUCUGACCAGUAACAGUAAAGUGGUUUUAAUUUGGAUUAUCUCAUUCCAGUGGGGCCUGUCAGUGGGUGGGAUGUACAGUCACAGAAAAAAUUAUUAGAUCAUCAAAAGUCAUCAAAAACAAUGGUUAUGCAAUCAAGUACUAAUGCCUGUGUGUAUCAUGUGACUAAAACAGACAAGAGAAAACAUGGAAUGCCUAAAAGCACUGUUUUUGGCAGUACAAUGCACAGCUAUCGAUGUGAGAACUUAAAUUAUUUUGGUUAUUAUCAAGAAAACAUGAAAAAUGGAUAGAUAUCAGCUCUGAAAUUAAACUCUUAUGAGCUGUUUUUUUGUUGUUAUCAUUAUAUUUGUCCAAACAAAUAUACCUUUAGUU